AUGACAAUUCCACAGACCAAUGGCACAGAGGAGGACGCGUCCAGUCCAUUCGUGGUCACCCACCACGACCGAGUCGCGUUGGUUGAGUUCUCCAAGGGACACCGACAGAAUCCCUUCAGCCAGCCAAAGAUGCGAGCGCUAGAAUCAGUCAUUACACACCUCGAAGCAGACAGGAGUGUUGGAUGCAUUGUCCUCACCGGGGGGCAAGGUCGGUCCUUCAGCGCCGGCGGAGAUUUCAAUGAAACCACAACCUUCAACGGUGGUGACGAGGUCGAUCACUGGCUUGACGAUGUUACCAAUCUGUACACGACCAUCGCCGGUAUCUCCAAGCCUGUGAUCGCCGCUAUUGAUGGCUAUGCCGUCGGUCUAGGUCUACAGGUCGCGCUCUGUUGUGAUUAUCGGAUUGGCUCUGACUCGUGCCAACUGAUGAUGCCUGAGUUCCGCAUGGGCAUUGCUUGCAACUUUGGCGGCUUCAUGCUCGAGGCGGUCGUUGGCCGGAUUGUGAUGCAAAAGAUGAUUUUCACGGCUGAUAAAUGGAACGCAAAGUCCGCACUCGCCGACGGCCUGUUGCACGAAGUUGUACAUUCUAAGAUGCUGGUUAUCCGUGCCUUGGAGAGAGCCCAAACCAUUGGCGCCUGGACGCCUGAGGCCGUUCAGCAAACUCGACCACAUAUCAACGCCAGUUUUGUCAAUGGCCUGCACAAACUAGCCGAACAGGCCAAACGCUCCCAUCGCUCAACUUUCGCCACCGGUGAAUGCCAGGAAAACAUGAAAAACAUUCUCACCAAGAAUCACCAGCAACAACCAGCCACGGGAGCUCCAUCAUGGAUUCUUAUAGCCAGUGAGCCGAUUCCAUCCCUCUCAAAGACCCUGAAGAUCACCAAGCCCUCAGGCAUUCAUGUGUAUGGCGAGGGUGCCGCUCUCAAUUCCAAAACGUACUACUGGCAAGACGAGAGCUCCAGUUCUCGGGAGUUCUCCGAAUGGGCAACCUCUUUCCAGAUCCAAGGGGACACAUUCCGCAUGCGCACGGGUGCUAUGAAUGACCCUCCUUUGUAUAUUGUGCGUAACACAACCAAACGUGCAUGGGCUGUGAGUACAGACGUUUUUGCUCUGCAAAUGGCUCGUUCGACAUGGGGAAUGCCAGUUGGUUUUGCCGAUCCCACCAUCAUCAACCGCGACGAGACGACUAGUUUCCUGGGCGUGUCACAGCUGCCUGCCCAUGCUUCCUUCACGCUGCAAAAGGCAGGUAGAAGCGGCUGGAUCUUCAAUACCCAGGUCGACGCUGACCCGGUCGUGCUGGCUGCUCUCAACCCGACAAUCCACGAUUUUUCUCAGGCUGGCUCUGCCUUUAUCACAUCUUUGCAGACUGCCGUUAUGGAAUUUACUCAAGGCGAGACGGAGGUAGCAACCCUUUUGUCCGGCGGUAUCGAUUCCGGUGCUGUCACCACAUUCGCCGUACUUUCGGGUCUGAAGGUCACUGCUUAUAGCGCAGGCUCUCCCUGGGGCAACGAGCACGUCGAGGCAGCCGAACUAGCCAAUGCUCUGGGGAUCCCACACAUUAAAAUUGACCUCACCACGGAUGAGUUGUUGGCUGCCGCCCCGGAGAGUAUGAGAGCUCUCGGUACCGCCGAGCAGGAGCGCGUGGAUAUCGCUCUUACCAUCACAGCGCUGAUCCGCGGCGGAUAUAUCAAGGAACGCCAUGUGCUGACCGGUUACGGGAACGAUCUGUUGAACCUGGGCCUGCCGCCUGACUCGGUUGAGAAAGACGCGCUAAUCCAGGAAGUCAUCGAUGGCGUUGACAUUACCCGGCACAGCGGCGAGUUCACUGACUUUGUCGCCCGACUGUAUGGCAAAAGACUAAGCCAUCCAUACUGGCAUCCUGAUGUUGUGCGCACUGCCCUAGACAUUGAGCCUUCACUCAAGGUGCGCGACGGCCGAGAAAAGGCUUACUUCCGCGCCGCCAUGGAGCCUUAUGUCCCUCGGACGACGGCGUGGCGCCAGAAGAUUGGUAUUCAUCUCGGCGGUGGGCUGCAGGGGGGCUUGGACUCCACAUUCGGUGGUCGAGACCGCAAGGUGGCCGCCUAUAGCGAUGCGUUCAAGGAGAUCACUGCUCGUCUGCUGCAAGACCCAUUCGCCGGCAUCAACGACCUGAUCCCUAAGUACCCUGGUGGUCCCCAGCCAACGAAUAAACUCGCAGCGCCAAUUCGUACCCUUACCUCAUCCGGAGCGGGUCUGGUCCUGGAUGGAACUGGGGCAACAGACGACGCUUCGCGCGCAGUGCUCGUCAAGACAAUUUUGGAAAACUCCGCCUCGUCUCGUUUCGUGCUGGUCCGUAACUUGGACCUAUCAGAAGAUGGGUUCCGAUCGGUUGUGCGUGCGCUCGGUGAGCCGGUGCAGCACAAGUUCCAGACCGGCGGGUCGGAUCUAAUGAAGCUGCCUGCAACACGGGAGAAGGGCAAUGUUGUGCUAGGCCGCGGUAUGCUGCCGGCACACACGGACGGACUAUUCGUUGGCCAUCGUCCCGAUCUGUUGAUGUUGUAUGCGAGCGAGUUCAACGACCUGCCUGGCAGUGGCGAGACGACUGUCGUGGACCAGGUCGCGGCCAUGUUGGAGAUGCCUGAGCGGCUGCGCUUGGCGGUGGAGAAUGCCAUGUUUGAGUAUCAGAUUGUCGAGACGGGCCAUCACAUGAAGAGUCUGGAGGAUAAGUGGUUUGAGAAACAGCCUGUCACAAUGGAGCGUGGUCGGAAAUGUCUCGCUGUGUCUUUGCCAUUCCCCGAGGACACGGAGCGCAGCUGGAACAUCCGAGUUAAGGGUGCGACUGACGAAGAGUCGGUGGCGCUGUUGGAUGAAUUGUAUGCCUUCCUGUAUCAGAAGCGCUACUUGUACCAGCACCCGUGGCAGGUGGGUGAUCUGCUCAUCAUUGAUAACUAUGGCACUUUGCACGGCCGCACUGCAAUCAGCGAAGAUGGUAAACGCUGUUUGUUCCGUGGCCAGGUGAAUUAUCGGUGA